AUGUCUGAUGGCCAGCAGGUGCCGAAUCAAAAUCAGGGCGGAGCUCCAUCGCAUUUGAUAGCUGCAUUGAGCUCACGGGGUGGAGGUGGUCCCCCACAGCAGCAGCAGAUUCAGCAAGGGGCCGGAGGUCCAAUCCGUGUGCAACUUCAACAAGGACGUGGACCACCCAUAGUGCCAUAUCCUCAAGGUGGCCAGCCAGCACCGCAACAAAUGCGAACAGUUCAGCAGGUUUAUCAGCAACCAUCGAACGGUCCUCCUCAACAACGAAUCGUUCAUCAAAUUGCUCAACGUCCUAUGCCGCAACAGAUGAUGCGUGUGAGCAGUACACCCCAACCAGCUAUGCAAAUCGUCCACACUGGACCUCCGCCGCAACCACAGCAGAUUCACGUAUCUUCGUCGCCGAUUAUGGGACCACGACCCCCACCACCUCAGCCGACUCGGGCCCAGAUUGCACCACUGCCUGGUGGUCAACCACCGCCUCCUGGAGCUAAUGUUCAGCAAAUGCUGGCUCCGCCCAGCUCAACAGGCUCCGUGAUGGAUCGAGCACGCAUCGACGAGUUGACAAGGCAAAUCAGCAGUCAUACGGUAAUGGACGAUGUCGUCAAGGAUAUGCUGUGCGAGUAUAUUGAUGAAUAUGUGGACGUGUUGGUGAACCAUGUGUGCAGAAUGGUGAAACAUCGUGGAACUCAUCGAAUAGAGGCACGUGAUGUGGAGUUUGUACUUGAUGCAGUGUAUAAGAUGCCGUCUGUGCCUCGAGCAUCAGUUCAUGUCUUUGGCGCACCAGCGUCAAUUCGUCCUGACCGUAUUACACCGCAGCCAACUGAGGCGCAUAAACAACGUAUGCUAUUAAUAAAAAAGGUUGUGAAGAAACCUUAA